GUGAAAUACUUAAAUUUGGCAAUCUCCCGUGAGAAAAAUUCUUCAAAAGCCUCUCCUGUCACUGGAAAUAUCAGCAGUGCUACCUUGACACAAGCUUGCCUUCAGCAUUUACUAAGUUUUGGACAAAUAAACGGUGACAAGAUGGACUCUAAAGUAUGUGUUGUGACUGGUAGCUCAUCUGGAAUUGGCCGCGCUAUUGCCAUUGCCGGAACGAGGUGCCAAGCUGGUUCUAAGCAUGAGGGGAUGAAUGGCCACACGCCGGAAUCAUCAGAAAACCAUCGACCUACUGAUGAGGCCAUUUGCCGCGCAUACGGCGUAGGCAAAGCAUUAUUUGUCCAGACAGAUGUGACAAGCUCAGAACAAGUAAAGAACCUGACCGCAAAAGCUCUAGAAGCUGGUGGUCCACUUGAUGUGUCUGUGCACCCCGGCUGA